AUGGAUAUAGGAACCGCCGCCGCCGCUCUCUUCGCAGGAGCUACAGUCGCAGGAUAUCUGAAUGCCAAGUUUCACAUCCAGAAGGAUGUGUCAUCGUUGCUCACAAUGAAGCAUGCAGAGCGACAAUAUGCCAAUGCUAUCAGUCAAAACAAAGGAAGCCCAUGGUUCGUUCUACUACAGACUGCGAAGCAAUACCCCGGCAUGAUCUGCCUCUGGACUCGCGAGAGAUCAUAUACAUACCGACAAAUUAAAGACCAGGCCUGUCAAUAUGCCCAUUUCUUCCUAUCACAAGGCGUGAAGAAAGGCGACCUCGUGGCUCUCUACCUCCAGAAUAGCAGCGAGUAUAUCGUCGCUUGGAUCGCUCUUUGGGGAAUUGGCUGUGCCCCCGCCGCAAUCAACUACAAUCUUACCGGCGACGCACUGCUGCAUUGUCUGAAGAUCAGCGGUGCGAAUAUUCUCCUCGUCGACGAAGACGCCGGCUGUCGUGCACGCGUGGAAGAAAGCCAAGGCGCCAUCACAACAAACCUGGGAAUGAAGCUGAUGACACUGGAUACAUCGCUGAAAGAACAUAUCAGUGCUUUCCCAACAGCACUCCCACCCAAGGAACUGAGCAAGCAUAUCCCCGGGGACUUCCCUGCAAUCCUUCUAUACACCUCUGGUACAACGGGUAUGCCCAAGGGCUGUGCGUUCACCAUGUCCAGACUUUAUAACAAUCUCUUCAUCCGCCGGGGUCUGAUGGGAGACAGCGCUGGCCCAGACGGUGAUCGCUGGUACAGCUGUAUGCCCCUUUACCACGGCACAGCAGCUAUCGCCAUGAUAUCGUGUCUGGUUGGGGGUGUGAGCAUCGCCAUUGCACCAAAGUUCAGCGUUAGUAAAUUCUGGACAGAUAUCCGCGACUCGGAGGCGACGAUUUUCGUCUACGUCGGAGAAACUGCACGGUAUUUGCUUGCGCCGCCUCCAUCGCCACAGGAUCGAAACCACAAAGUGCGCUGCAUGUACGGAAACGGUCUCCGACCGGAUAUAUGGGAGCGGUUCCGAGAGCGAUUUGGAGUCGCUGAAGUUGGAGAAUUCUUUAAUAGCACAGAAGGUGUGUUUGGUCUCUUUAACUAUAACUGCGGUCCUUUCACGGCUGGAAGUGUUGGUCAUCAUGGUUUGAUUAUGCGUGGGUUAUUGCAUAAUGUCUUCGUUCCUGUUGCUAUUGACCCGGAGACUGGAGAUAUUCUGCGGGAUUCAAAGACUGGAUUUGCGGUUCGCUCGCCUUAUGACCAGGGAGGUGAGAUUAUCGUCAAUGUCCCUGGUGAAGAGGCUUUCCAGGGGUAUUGGCGUAAUGAUGAGGCGACCAAUAAGAAAUUCUUGCGCGAUGUCUUCAAGAAGGGGGAUCUUUAUUAUCGAUCUGGGGAUGCUUUGCGUCGGCAGAGCGAUGGGCGUUGGUAUUUCCUUGAUCGACUUGGGGAUACUUUCCGUUGGAAGAGCGAGAACGUAGCAACCGCCGAGGUUUCAGAGGUUCUGGGCCAAUUCCCCGGCAUCACCGAAGCUAACGUCUACGGCGUCCGUCUUCCCAAUCACGAGGGCCGUGCUGGAUGUGCAGCGAUUCAGAUUAGUCCAGAUACUCGUCAGACGUUUGAUUACACAGCGCUUGCAGGAUUCGUGCGGUCUAAACUGCCCAAAUAUGCGGUUCCGUUGUUCCUUCGCAUCGUUGAGAAUCCCACUCAUAUUCACAACCAUAAGCAGAACAAGGUGCCGCUUCGGGAUGAGGGUGUGGAUACUGCUUUGAUUGGGACUAAAGCUCCGGAGGGGAAAAAUGACCGCUUUUUGUGGAUCGCACCUGGUGAUGAGAGUUAUUCACCGUAUGGACAGAAAGAGUGGGAACAAUUGUCAGUCGGGAGUGUUCGGUUGUGA